AUGUCCGACGGCACCUCACCAACCAGUGCCCCCAGGCACUCUCACCUCAGCGGCCUGCGAUGCAGCCUUUUAACUGGCCCCUACUCAAAAAGUUUGAGGAUUCCUGGUUCAGAGCAUGCUGACAGGCAGCAGGUGGCGAAGCCAAUGGCUUCCCUGAGAUCUGGGGCUCCCAAGGUCCCUAAGCCUGAUAAUACUGCUCGAAUACAGGAAAAUCAUUAUAACAGGGUAAAAAUAAAUGUUGUAUUACUUGUCUGGAUCUCAACAAUGCAUGUGUGGACAUGUUACCCUAUUGUCCCUUCUGCACUGUCUGGGAAAUCUGAUUACUGUCUCCUCCUGCUGAAUAGUUGCCAAGCCCAGGUGGAUGGGUCCAAAGAACUGGCAUUGUUAAAGCCUUUUCUGGAGAAGACUUAUAUGAAAAGAUCCUUUCGGAAUGGUGUUGGAUCAGGAAUUAAAAAAGUGUCUUUUCGAAGAGCCAAGGCAUAA